AUGACGAUCGAUGUUUAUAUCUCUGCGUCUAACAAAAUCAACGGAGAGUCUGAUUGGUAUGGAGUUCUCGGUAUAGAUCCUUUGGCUGACGAUGAAGCUGUGAAGAAACGUUACAAGAAGUUAGCUCUUUUGCUUCAUCCAGACAAGAACAGGUUUCACGGUGCUGAAGGCGCGUUUAAGUUGGUGUUACAAGCUUGUGAUUUGUUAUCUGAUAAGGUUAAGAGAAGCGCGUAUGACCAAAAAAAGAAAUCGAAACAAGUUUACCAGACAACACCGAAGAAAAGCUCCACUACUUUUGAAGCAGAGAGGCCUUUCAAGAAGCGGACGACAAGUGGAGAUGCAAACUCUACUUUUGAAGCAGAGAGGCUUUUCAAGAAGUCGAUGAAAACAGAGAAUGAAAACUCUACUUUUGAAGCAGAGAGGCUUUUCAGGAAUCCCAUGGCAACAGGAGACCUCAAGUCUACUUAUGACUUAGAGUGGCUUUUUAAUCGAGGAAACGCAAACUCUACUUUUGAAGCAGAGAGGCUUUUCAAGAAGCCGAAGAAAACAGAGAAUGCAAACUCUACUUUUGAAGCAGAGAUGCUUUUCAAGAAUCCGGAGACCUCAACUCUACAUAUGACUUAG